CACAGACCAUUGUAAGCAGUCAGAGAGGCAAAUAGUGAAGUGCAGAGGAGAGCAACAGGCAGUCGUCUCCAGAGAGAGCCUGAGAGCAAUGCUCAGUCCACUGACAACAAAUCAACAUCCGGACAGUAAGAAAGAAGGAGGUUUUUUGUACUGCAGCCUGCCCUGGGGCCUCAGAAAUCAUCUGCUUUCCUCACAGCUAUGCCUGCACCACAUACUGAACCAAGGACAAAGUUUCUUCACUGCAUGUAGUUUGAUUUGCACAUGGACACUGUAAGUCCUCCAUGCCUUUCCAUCUUUAAGCUGCUGGAUCAAGAGAUACAAUUUGGAGUUUUACUGUCCAUUCUUUUCUGAAGUUGUUAGGAAGUUCCAUGCAAGCCUUGUCAAGAUGCUGCCUGUUGUUUUCAUGACAUGGUGGAUCUGGGUGUUGCUUGGAAGCGCAGGGGGACAGUCCCAAUCUCAGCAUCAAUCUCAGACUGAUGACUCAAACCCAUGGAGACAGAUGAUUCAAUGGGAGAACAAUGGACGUGUUUUCAGUCUUCUCAACAGUGGGGCUGAAUACGUCCCGGCUCGGGUUCAGGAGCGUGGCAGGAACCCCCGAGUGUUUCUAGCGGACGCUCCCAACCGUAGGUCACAAGGUGGGAAUGUACGGAGGCAAGCACCCACCAGAGGAAGCUCUGAGACUGUAAGAGGCCAAGCCAGACACCCUUUUGGUUUUGGCCAGGUGCCGGACAACUGGCGUCAGGGUGCAGCUGGGACAGGUGAAACAAGUCGCUUCCAGUCAUUUAGUGGCACUCGUUUUAGAGCAUCCUCUGGCUCGUCCUCCUCCUCAUCAUCCUCUUCUUCUUAUUCACAGUUUCCGUUUCCUCAACAGCCUCCAUAUUCUGCUCCUUAUGACUCUGUACCGGACAGGUCAUACGAACCUCCAUUCCCUGGAGCGGGGUACUCCACUGGCAACAGUGGUGGCUACGCCGGAGGCGGAUAUGGAGGAGGUGGGUACUCCACCGGAAGUUUUGGAGGAGGCAGCUAUAAUGGAGGGGGUCCUGCCACUGACGAGAGGUAUCGUUACUAUCCCUCUUAUGGUCAAACAUACCAAGCUGUUCCAGGCCAACCUGCACAGCCACCUGUCUCUGAUGGACUGGACCACAGAUACACACACAGCCUGUACAACGAGGACUCUCGAGAUGGCAGUAAUGUUCCAGUACCUGUCUCUAAUGGUGCCUUGAGCAAUACGGGCUCAUCAUUCCAGCCUGCAGUGCAAAGCCCCCAGUAUGAACAGUUUCCACCCUUUGGAAGGCCCCAGCCACAGCCUCCAUUUAUACAACCAGCUCCACGCAACCCUCUCAUCUCUAACAACGCGGAGAGCCCCAACACAAAUGUAGGGAGUGUUUAUCGUCCUCAGCAAAGAGGUUUGCCUGACCUGGUUCCUGACCCAAAUUAUGUCCAAGCCUCCACAUACAUUCAAAGAGCCCAUAUGUACUCCUUACGCUGUGCUGCAGAAGAGAAGUGUUUGGCCAGCUCCGCCUAUAGUGAGGAAACCACAGAUUACAGUGUCCGGGUUCUUCUGCGCUUCCCUCAGAGAGUGAAGAACCAAGGGACGGCUGAUUUCAUGCCCAACCGACCUCGUCACACCUGGGAGUGGCACAGCUGUCACCAACAUUACCACAGUAUGGAUGAGUUCAGUCACUACGAUCUGUUAGAGGUCAGCAGCGGCCGGAAGGUGGCGGAGGGACACAAGGCCAGCUUCUGUCUGGAGGACACGACCUGCGACUUCGGCCAUCUCAUGAGAUACGCCUGUACUUCACACACUCAGGGCCUCAGUCCAGGUUGCUAUGACACAUACAAUGCAGAUAUCGAUUGCCAAUGGAUUGACAUCACUGAUGUUCAGCCAGGAAACUAUAUACUCAAGCUCCAGGUUAACCCGAAGUACUUGGUGCAUGAAUCGGACUACACAAAUAAUGUAGUCAGGUGCAAUAUCCACUACACGGGCCGCUUUGUCAGGACAACAAACUGCAAAAUCUCCCAGUCAUGAUCUGUCAGAUCUGGAUGAAUCUCAAUGAAAGCACUGGUCCAUUGCAGUGUGAAUGGAAUUCCUUGGUGUUUCUGUGAUUGUUUAUUGUAAAUUCUUGGUCUACCCCCCACCACCCUUUUAUUUUUUGUGCUGUUCUUGUGAACCAGGGUUCGAGGAACUAGCACAUAUACUGUCACCCUCACACAAAAUCAAAUGCACUCUAAUUCACAGCACACCGCACGCAGACCAUCAUCAUGAAAACACACACUCGCUGCCCCUAAUAAGUUUAAUUCCUUCACCAUUUUUAAGUGGGUCACAUUGCUGGAAUGCAAACUGAGAUCAGGUAUGGGACACUGUUAAACUGUAAUUCAGAUCAGAAAAUUCAGCAACUGGAAACAAUCUUUCUUUUUCCAAGACUCUCUCUUUGUCUGUGCCACUAUAGCGAAGGUGGAAUACUGCAGAAAGAGUCUUAUGAGUGAACGGCCAGCCUGUCUGUCACGCUCCAGCUAACCUAUUAAGUAAAAAGCGGGUUUAGUUUGAAUGAUCGGCCUGGAAAACAUGAAAGGCUUUGGGAUUAAAGCACUUUGAAUACAAUGAAACAUGUACAUUCAGGUGGCUUGUAAUAUUGCCUUGUAUGUCAGCCCAUUGAUAAUCAAAUAAUGCACACUAGUUAAAUUCAGAGUAUACCUUAGACAUUCACCCUACAAGCAUUAAAUUAAUAUUUUGGGCUUAAUACAAUAAUUAACUGACUGAAUUUGUGGCAUAAUUUUAAUUACCAACACAAACAAUAAUAAUAAAAAAAAAUUAAGCUAGAAAUUGUGCCUUAUUUGAGCUGUAAUUAUCUUGGCAAAGAAGUUGUCAAAUUGGAUGUUGCUUAAUGGGACUUUCACACAGGACGCGGUCUGCGCGGCGCUUGCCACUGGGUUCAGCGUUGCCCUUCAGAUACAACGCGAUUUGCGCUGUGCUGCGCUAUGGCGUAGGCGGAGUUUUAAAAACUUUUAGCGGGAGCUCUUUCAUAGUCUGUUGUUCCUCCUUUCGGUCGGCAGUUGUAAGAAGCGAGCGAUAGCGCUAGUCCUGCUGAUGAGAAUUAAGAGAGAAGCAAGUAAGAAGAGGCCGUGGGUACGACCUCAAACAUGUAUCAUACAGCUCAGGAAAUUCUGACACACACCAUAGACAGUUAAAGAAAUGGACACGGUGACCCCAUUGGAACUCAACUGAGACAAGUGAAGCCCGUUUUUAGGUAUAUUUAGCACAUCCGUUUCUGACGCGCAGACUCAAACUAAGCUUGAUGACGUCAGCAACCUGUCUGACAGAUGUAAAUCUUCUAAGUGGCUGUGCGUGAAAACUGCCAUCGUUAAUCUUGCAGAGACGGCGAGCUUGAGCGGGGAGUUCUUUGGCGUGAGUGAGCAGUAUUCUGAUUAAUUAUUUUGUAUAGUAUUUUAAAAUGUAACUCCAGUACGCCAUAUUAAGUUAAAUGACUGCGAGCUUCUCCUCCUGUCUCUACGGUAAUACAGAGAGUCGAGUGGUUAUGAUGCAAUCGUUAGCCUAUUUUUACAAAAACUAUUUCUACGGGGUCAUAAUGUAACAGAAGCUAAUGGAGCCCUUUAUACAUUGUUGUAUAGUUUUAAAAAUAAAUAAUGGACAAAUGGAGUCUUUAAACGCCUCAGAUUUAAAGUUAUUCGCUGUCAAAGUGACGCCAAAAUGAAUGGGAGGUCAAUGGGAUGCUAACGCAUGAAGUUCUGCUACAAGAUGGCGGCACCCGGUCGAUUUCAACUUCCGGUCGACUUCCUUGCCGCCUGACACACACAGACAGUACUAGCAGUUCAUCCAUUUUGAUUUCCGUGCUUGUUUGGAUCCCCCGAUUCUAUUGGUCGUGCUGGUAAUUGUCACAGAGCGCAGCGGCAAAAGUUGAACUAUUUUGAACUUUGACCACAGCGUGCGCGCAAGCACGCAAAUGAUGCGCACCACUGCGCUUGCGCUUUGGUCGACGCAGCAACAAAACGUCCUUGCACGGCGCAAGCCAUUGAGAUUAAUGGGUUUUAUAGCGCAGCGCCGCGCAUACCGCGUCCUGUGUGAAAGGCCCAUUACUCAGAAAAGUUAGUUCAUUUAUUAUUAUUAUAAUAUAUACACAAUAAAAUCAUCCAUAUUUUAUGGCAUAGUAUGGCUGUACUAUUAAAACAGAUAUGGAUUUCCCCAUUCACUUCCAUUGUAAGUGCUGAAAAACUGAAAUGAUUUUUUGUAACAAUUAUUAUUAUUAGUAUUAUUAUUUUGUGGUUAUCUAUAUUAAUUACAUUUAUGCAUUUGCCAGACAGUUUUAUCCCUCCAAAAUUUGCAGCAUUCAAGGUAUGAUUUUUUUUUUCAGUUCAUGCAUCUAUUGGAAUCAAACCCAUGACCUUGCUGUUGCUAGCACAGUGAUUUACAUUGACAUUUAUGCAUUUGGAGUUUGCUUUCAUCCAAAGUGACUUGCAUUCCAUUUAAGGUAUGCUUUUUAUCCGUUAAUGCGUUCCUUGAGAUUCGAACCCAUGACCUUGCUAGCAACAUGAUCUACAUUUAUAUUUAUGCAUUUAGCAGACAGUUUUAUCCACAAUAAAUAAAUAAAUAAAUAAACAAAUAAAUAAAAAUAAAAACAACAACUAAGACCUGCAUUGCAUUCAAGGUCUACAUUUUAUUAGUCCAUGCAUUCCCUGGGAAUCGAACCCACAACCUUGCAGUUGCUAGCACCAUUUACAUUUACAUUUAUGCAUUUGACAAAUGCUUCUGUCCAAAGUGACUUACAUUCCAUUCAAUAUAUGCAUUUUACUGGUUCAUGCGUGCACUGGGAUUCAAACCCAUGACCUUGCUGUUGUUAGCAGCAUGAUUUACAUUUACAUCUAUGCGUUUACCAGACAGUUUUAUCAAAAAAAAAAAAAAAACCUUGCACUGCAUUCAAGAUAUGCAUUUUAUCAAUUCAUGCAUUCUCUGGGAAUCAAACCCAUGAUCUAGGUAUUGCUAAUGCCACGAUCUGUUAUUUGAACUACAGAAACAUUAUUUCACAAGGGCUGUUGUAUUGAACUUAUAUUGUAUUGUAUUGAACCCAGGGUAUUCCUUGAGUGUUCAGCUUGUAAACCUUUUGUUGUGAUAUUCUUGUACAGAAGUCCAUGUUGGAACAAAUCUAUUGUUUCUUUAACUGCCAACGCUGGUCAGCUGCCACAGGUCACCAUAUAUGAUACAGUUAACCCACUGAUGCAUGACAUUAUCUAGGUCAGAAAUUAUUUCAUCUUAUUAUAUGCAUAUCCACUUUUCUCAUGUACUGUGUGGAGGGGAAUGAUGUACUUGUGUUAAACUCCAGGAAUUCAUAUUUCUUUGUAAAUGAAAUAACAGUUUAUGGCUUGAUCGUUAAAUAAAACACAGACAUAGAUUAUACUACUGUUGCUAAGAUAAUAUUGCAUAACUUGAUGUUAAUGACAAUCGUAAUACCAUCUAUACCUACCUCGGAACGAGAAAUAUAAACUUAUGCAAUGAGAAAGAGCUCCUUAUGAUGCUACACUUGAAGAGCCUUAAAUGAAAAACAUCCAACAUAUGCUAAUAAUCAGUUACACAUGCUAUAAUCUAAUAAAUUCAGCUAAAUGCAUACAAAACAAGCUUUCUGUCAUGGUCGUUGGAUGUAUGAAUGGAGUGUGUAUUAUGAUGCAUCACAUGCUUGAACCAAAGCUAAACGAAUUCCUCUCUGUGAUCAGUUCUUUUAUUAUGAAAACAUGUUACUGUGUUUUCUAUUAUCACGAUCCAGAGCAAAUGCAGAACAGACUUUGUUUUAUCGUAUCUCUUUAUAAUCUGUAUAAAUGAUUAUUGUAACAUUGUUUAUAGUGUAGACAGUAAAUUUGCUUCUGGUUGCUAUCUGAUUUUGUGGUCCAGGACAGGUGCACAUCAAUCUCUUUGAACUGUUGUUAUCAUUGUUGUGGUUGUGGGUUUUAUUAUUAUUAUUUACUUUUUUUGUGCUCAGAAUCAUUUCUUAGAGUUCAUACUUGAUCAUUAAAUAAAGACUAAAGGGUAUACCAGCA